AUGGAUAUCGACGCAACGCAACAGCCCUCUCUCGAGGUGCAUAUGGAUGACGACCUUAUAAAUUACGAAAGUGAUGUGGGGGAUUACUCUCUCGCUGCUGAUGCAACAUUUGGGAAUGGAGCGAUUCCGGAAGCUCUUCAAGACGCCGAUGCAAACGCUGAGCCUACUAACCAGAGUGGCGACACCAUCGCUGACGCUCUCGAGGAUCAUUCUAUGGAAAACGCAGCCGAAACAAUCGAUAUCAUAGUUGAAGAACACGCCGGCGAGAAGCAGGAGAUCGAAGAUGCUACCGAGACCAAAUUGCCGCUCGAGGCUGAUGCCACCAUUGACGCGUUGAGGGAGACUGUCGCCGACGAGAUUGACUACGGUCUUGGAGAGGUCGAUUACGAUGGAGAGCAACAGGUCGAAGUCACUCGCGGAGAAGAGACUGCGGAAGUCCUCCAGGACAAUACCGAAGCUGAGGAAGCAGACCUCGUUGAAGACAAGGCUGAGAUCAGCUGGGAGGAUGAUGCUGGUGAACGUUACACAGCCGAAGUUGACAGUGAAGAAAAUGGGGAAGGAGGGGAAGGAGAACAUGACUUUGCACUCCCAGAAAUUAUUCAACUCGCCUCGGUAACUGAAACUGUCGAGGCUGACGAGACUGAGAGCAGAGACCAUCGCCAGGACGAGUUGCAAGCCCUUGAAACCGCUAUCUCAUGGGAGGCCAGCAUUGAUGCGAAUGGUAACUUUCAAACGGGUGACGCCAAUGCCCAAUUUCCUACCAUCACAGUGCAAUAUCAGGGGGAUGAAUUCCCGUUCUUGUCGUCUAGCAGCGAGGCUUUCUUCUCCGAGUCUUCCAUUCUCGAUGACACCAUGCAGAGUAUCUUUAUGGGGUUCCGUUCGCAGCUGAAACAUGAAGUGACAGCAGAAGACGAGCUAGUCUUUCAGAUUGAUGAGCUUGGGUUGGAGUUCACAGAGUCAAACCCUUCAUUUAGCCUGACAAUGCAUCAAAUUCUGGACGUUUUCGAAUUGCUCACCAAGAACGAUGACCCUGACGGCCGCCGAACGUUGUACACCUAUCUGUUUACGAGAGUCAACAACGCGAAAAGAUACGAGUACUUGGUGGAAAGUGCUACAUCAGGAAAAGGCCUCGAAGAGGUUCAACGUCUUUUCUCCCAGCAAUCAUUCCGCAAUAGCAGCGAUGCCGACAUCGUCGGCAAUGCCGAUGAUUCUGAUGACAGUGCGGUAUCUAGUGAACACGCUGAAGAGCACACCGAUGAGGAGUAUGAGCGUGAGCUUUCGGAUGAACAUGGCGAGCUCAAUGAACACCAUCAUGAGAACCACGAUGAACAUGGCGAAGAGUAUGCUGAAGAAGACGCCGAAGAAGACGCCGAGAAAUAUCCCGAAGAACUUGUAGACGACCAUCAAGAAGUUGACUAUUUUGAUGAGGCCGUGCUUCAAGAAAAUGAGGUAUCGCCAGCGGAUGACUCGGCCGUUCCGACGGCUGUCGAGUCUGAGAACGUUGAAGCAGACGAGCUUGACAACAGCUUUGCUCAUGAACACAGCAGUACAACUAGCACGCUUCAGGGCGACGCUGACGGCACUGCUCUUGCUGACGAUGAAACUGCGGUCGACGCGGAGGCGGACGACCCUGUGUUUGUCACUGAGGCAAACGAAGAUGCUGAGAUUGAUUGGCGAGACGAGGAUGAAAGUGAACUAGUUGGCGAUGGGAGUUCAGUAACCGGCAAGCGGCCGCGUGAUGACAAUGACGAACCUGAUGUGGAUGACGAAAUUGUAUUCCAGCAAUACGCCGCCCGUGGCAUCUUCGGAAAUUUCGGAGCAAAGCAGCAUGAAGCCACGUCGAGGAUCAAAAACAUGCGUCUUCUAACAAUCCACGAAAGCUUGACGAGAAGAGCGACAGCCGGGUCCAUGGCGGGAUACAUUCUCUUCACAGACCGCAGGUGA